GGGACUGGUCUCCCGCCUCGCCAUUGGCUCGCCAUUGGCCCGCGCUUGCCCCAAAAGCCGUUCAACGCCAGGCUGCAAAUCUCCACUCUGCUCUGCCCUCGGCCCUCUCGCAAUCUGCGCUGUCGUCGUCUGACCAGAGAUCCUGCCCCUGUUCCCCAAGCAAGAAUCAGCAUCCCGAUGGGCUACGUUACCCUUGCCACCUGUGCUCUGAACCAAUGGUCGCUUGAUUUCGAGGGCAACUACCACCGCAUCGUCGAGAGCAUCGUUGCCGCCAAGCGCCAGGGCGCUUCGUACCGCCUGGGUCCAGAACUAGAGAUAACUGGUUACGGUUGCAACGAUCAUUUCCUCGAAAAUGAUACUUACACCCAUUCGUGGGAGAUCCUCGAGAGGCUCUUGCAGAAUCAAGACUGCAGGGAAAUCAUGUGCGAUGUUGGAAUGCCCGUCGUCCACAAGAGCGUCAAGUAUAACUGUCGGGUCAUUUUCUUCAACGGCAAGAUCGUCCUGAUUCGACCCAAGCUCUUCAUGGCCAACGACGGCAACUACCGCGAGCUGAGAUGGUUCACUCCGUGGAACAAGCCGCGAGUCGUCGAGGACUUUCAGCUGCCCCGUAGCAUCGCCCAACUCACUGGACAGGACACUGUUCCGUUUGGCGACGGAGUUGUCGCGACCAAAGAUACAUGCAUCGGCGUCGAGCUUUGUGAGGAGCUGUUCACGCCUCUGAGCCCGCAUAUUUCAAUGGCUCUGGACGGCGUCGAAAUCUUCACCAACGGCAGUGGAAGCCACCACGAGUUCCAGAAGCUCCAUCGCCGCAUCGAUCUCAUCCGCGAAGCGACCAUGAAGUCCGGCGGCGUCUAUUUGUAUGCCAACCAAUGUGGCUGUGAUGGCGAGCGUGUCUACUACGAUGGCUGUGCCCUCAUCAUCAUCAACGGCCAGGUUGUGGCGCAGAGCUCGCAAUUCUCUCUCAAGGAUGUGGAGGUAAUCACGGCCACUGUCGACCUUGACGAAGUGCGAGCUGCUCGGGCUGUUUCGAGCCGCGAGAUCCAGGCGUCGUCCUCGCCCUCGUAUCAGCGCGCACACGUCGACACGUACCUCACCCAUUCGGACGAGCUGCACGCCGUGCCCACCAAGCCCAUCAAUGUCAAGUAUCACACCCCCGAGGAGGAAAUCAGAUACGGCCCGGCGUGCUGGCUUUGGGACUACAUUAGGCGCUCGAAAGCCGGUGGAUUCUUCCUCCCGCUGAGUGGUGGAAUCGACAGCUGCUCCACAGCCCUCAUCGUGUUCUCGAUGUGUAUGCUUGUUACGGAGGCAGCCAAAGAAGGAGAUCCCCUUGUCAUCCGCGAUGCACGAAUUGCGGCCGGACUCCCACCGAACGACGAGUACAUCCCCCGGGAUCCUAAGGAGUUCUGCAACCGAAUCUUCCAUACGUGCUAUAUGGGCACCACCAAUUCUAGCGCCGAAACCAGGAGCCGUGCCAAGGACCUUGCCCAACGAAUCGGCUCCUACCACGUUGAUAUGAAUAUGGAUUCGAUCGUGUCGUCGUUCUUGACUGUGUUCAAGACAAUUACAUCCCGAGAGCCCAGGUUCAAGGUUCAUGGAGGCACCCAUGCCGAGAAUCUUGCUUUGCAAAAUGUCCAGGCGCGAUCUCGCAUGGUCCUGGCGUACCUGAUGGCCCAGCUGCUCCUGUGGGUUCGCGGUCGAAACGGAUCGCUGCUUGUCCUGGGGAGCGCCAACGUCGACGAAACUCUUCGUGGCUACUUUACAAAGUACGAUUGUUCCAGCGCCGAUGUCAACCCCAUUGGCGGUAUCAGCAAGACUGAUCUCCGCAAGUUUAUUCUGUUUAUGCGAAACAACGUCGAGGGACUGGACCUCCUCAGCGGCUUCCUCGAUGCAACUCCCACCGCUGAACUGGAACCGAUCACCGAGAACUAUGUGCAGUCGGACGAGGUCGACAUGGGCAUGAGUUACGAUGAGCUCUCGGUUUUUGGCACCCUGCGCAAGGUGGCCAAAUGUGGUCCCGUCUCGAUGUUCCGCAAGCUGCUGGUGGAAUGGGGCUCAUUCCUCAGCCCAACCGAGGUUGCCGCCAAGGUCAAGAGAUUCUUCUUUUACUAUUCGAUCAACCGCCACAAGACCACGAUCCUGCCCCCGUCCUACCACAUGUCUUCUUAUUCUCCCGAUGACAAUCGCUUCGACCUGCGCCCGUUCCUCUACAGUGCCUCCUGGACCUGGCAGUUUUCCAAGAUCGAUGAGAUGGUCCAAGCCAAGAAAGAGAAGUGAUUGGGGAGCAGGGAUGGCUGAGUAUCCGGGGGAAUGAGAUUUCUUCUUAGAUGGUCUCAGAAUCCUUGGUCUCGGGGGCAAUGUUUCGCAGAACCAGAAUGACUAGUGAGGAGGAAAAGGGGAUCAAUGGUAUCAAUAAAACACCUGGAGGCAUGCGCAUCUGUGCAUGUAUGCUGCCAGCAGACAGCUUGUGGUCACCCCGCUUGAUGCACAUUCAAUCCAACCCAAUUCAUCCAUCGCGAAAGCGACAUUACUCACCCGAGUCGCCGCGCAGGAACAUC